AUGGAGAAUAAAAGGAAUGUGACUGAAUUCAUUUUAACAGGUCUUACACAGAACCCCCAAAUGCAGAAAGUAGUGUUUCUGUUAUUUUUGGUUCUAUACUUGGUAACACUCUCAGGCAACCUGCUCAUUGUGGUUACCAUUACUACCAGCCAGGCUCUGAACUCCCCCAUGUACUUUUUUCUGACCCACCUUUCCUGGAUAGACAUAAUCUAUUCUUCUUCUUCAGCUCCUAAGAUGAUCAUGGACUCCCUUCAUGAGAAGAAGGUAAUCUCUUUCAAUGGUUGCAUGGCUCAAGUCUAUGCAGAACACAUUUUUGGUGGUACUGAGGUCAUUCUGCUGACAGUGAUGGCCUAUGACCGCUAUGUUGCCAUUUGCAAACCUCUGCACUAUACCACCAUCAUGAGCCACAGGCAAUGUGCUUUCCUUCUGGGAGUGUCCUGGGCUGGAGGAUUUCUCCAUGCAACUAUUCAGAUCCUCUUCAUAGUAUGGCUACCCUUCUGUGGCCCCAAUAGGAUUGAUCACUUCAUGUGUGACUUGUACCCUUUGUUGAAACUGGUCUGCAUGGACACUCACUCUCUUGGUCUCUUUGUUGCUGCCAACAGUGGGUUCAUUUGCUUAUUAAACUUUCUCCUUUUGAUGGUCUCCUAUGUGGUCAUCUUGCACUCCCUAAAGAACCAUAGCUUACAGGGGAGGCGCAAAGCCCUCUCCACCUGUGUCUCUCACAUCACUGUAGUCAUCUUACUUUUUGUGCCCUGCAUAUUUGUGUACCUGCGUCCAGUAACCACGCUGCCCAUGGAUAAAGCUGUUGCUGUCUUUUACACGAUGGUGGGCCCUAUGUUAAAUCCCUUAAUCUACACCCUCAGAAAUGCUGAGGUGAAAAAUGCUAUGAGGAAGCUCUGGAGGACAAAAGUGACUAUAGAAAAAGAUUAA